AUGAUACCCUUCGUCGAGGCUGCACGUGAAAAACGCUCCAUCUUCCUUCGCAUGCCUGCUGUCGUCGGAGUGCUCUUCCAGCUUUUCAGUUUUGCAGUCGUCAUUCCGAUUUAUUAUGUUGCGCUCAUUCUGAGUGGAGCGGCGACUGGUAACCCCGUCAAAGGCCGCGCAACAAAAAUCACUCAGGGCAAUGCCGAAGCUUUACUUUUUGCUCUGAUAGCCGGCUACAUUAUCCCGACGGUGUGUAUGGUUGUAUUUCAAGACGUCACACCCACUGCACUAUGGCAAGGCUACCCCAUCAUCAUGUCGCUCGCUCAAUUCGUUUACCUCGUCAUUCGACCUUCUUCCCGUUACGUGGAAUCCGGCUACGCUACCAUCCAAGCCAUGUAUGGCUUCAUCUUCGUCACUUCUGCUAUCUUCCACAUCUACUACACGUGGCCACUUUUCUUUGACACCCAGCAAUUCCAGAAGGUCCUGGUGCCACAGUUGGCUCUGAGCAAGCGUCCGCUGUCCUUACCCGAAGGAGCCGCUGCUGUCAUCCAGUGGGACGCAGUGUUUGGGAUAGGGUCGACCCUUCUUGUAACAUUCUGGUUCGCUCGGGGCGUGAAGGAAAUGGUGCUUCUCUUCCUUUGGCACGUACUAUCCUCGGUGGCAUUUGGCCCCGGUGCAGCUAUAGCAGGCGUACUGCUGUUCAGAGAAGCGAGGCUAAAUAGCCGAACUGCUGUGGAGGAUAAGGAGGACUGA